AUGGCGUGGACGGCGUGGGCGCGGCGCCGACUGCUCCCAGCGCGCGGAGGUCAGAAGUGGCCAAGUGGCGAGACAGGGGGCGCCGCUCCGGGCACCCUGAAGGCAGCGUUCUUCAUCUUCGCCUCCCUGUGUGCCUGGUAUUCUGGGUACCUGCUGGCAGAGCUCAUUCCUGAUGUGCCCCUGUACAGAGCCGCCUACAGCAUCCGGAGCAUCGGUGAGAGGCCUGUCCUCAAAGCCCCAGCCCCAAAAAGGCAAAAAUGUGACCACUGGAGCCCAUGUCCCGAAAACACCUACGCCUACCGGUUGCUCAGUGGGGGUGGCAGGGACAAGUAUGCCAAGAUCUGCUUUGAGGAUGAGGUGCUCAUAGGAGAAAAGACUGGGAAUGUUGCAAGAGGAAUAAAUAUUGCCAUUGUCAACUAUGUGACUGGGAAAGUAUUAGCAACACAGUAUUUUGAUAUGUACGAAGGAGAUAACUCUGGACCGAUGACGAAGUUUAUUCAGAGCGCUCCCUCGAAGUCCCUGCUCUUCAUGGUGACCCACGAUGAUGGUAGCAGCAGACUGAAGGAGGACGCUAAGAAGGCCAUAGAAGCCCUGGGAAGUAAAGAAAUCAGGAACAUUCAGUUCAGGUCGAGCUGGGUAUUUCUUGGAGCAAAAGGCUUUGAACUUCCUGCAGGAAUUCAGAGAGAAAAGGUCAACCACUCAGAUAAUGCGAAGAACAGGUAUUCGGGCUGGCCCGCAGAGAUCCAGGUAGAAGGCUGCAUACCAAAAGGACCAAGCUAA